GCUGGCCAGCAGACCGGCUCCAUCGACCCACCCGCCACACGGCCCCCCAGUUCCCUGUUCGCCUGCGAGGCAACAAAGCGCUCCAGCAAGCACCAUGCCGCAGCACCAAGCGCACCCGCCGCACCGCCAGCUCGCCCACGUCGGCGGCGGCUUGCCGUCCGUGUCUCCUUCCGGCUCAGGCUUCGCGUCGGGCUCGGGCUCUGGCUCGGGCUCCGGCCUCGCCUUCGGCGUGGCGUCGGAGGAGCGCGUCGGCAACGACUACGUCCUCGGCAAGGAGAUUGGCAAGGGCAGUUUUGCCGUCGUGCGCAAAGGGUAUCGCGUGCGCCCGCACCGUACCGCCGUCGCGAUCAAAGUUGUGACGCGGUCCAAGCUGACGCCAAAGCUGCUUGAAAACCUCGAGGGCGAGAUUGCAAUCCUACGCGCCAUCUCACACCCAAACAUUGUCGAACUGAGUGAUUGCAUCAAGUCAGACGCGCACAUCUACCUCAUCAUGGCCUUCGCCGCGUGGGGCGACCUCAGCAUGUACAUCCGCUCCGGCGGCAAGCUCCCCGGCACCAGCGCCGACGAUCCGAUCUGGAGCAGCAGGGACCUUGGCGCUAGCGUCGUCCGGCAGCAGCAACAGCAACAGCUUACCUCGCCCAGCAGCAGCGGCUACGGUCUACCCUCCAACGGCGGUCUCUCGCCCGCGGCGGCGCUCGCAUCGUUGUGGGACGACGUGCGGCAGUUUCAGCACCCAUCUGACGGCGGGCUGAACGACCUGGUUGUGCGCUCGUUCUUGUUUCAGCUGUCAUCGGCGCUUGAGUUCAUGCGCGGCAAGGCGAUUGUCCAUCGGGACAUCAAACCGCAGAACCUAUUGUUGCAGCCCGCGGAUGCGCGCCCGCUCCUGUCGACCGGCCACCCGCGCGGAAUCCCGCAGGUGAAGGUCGCUGACUUUGGCUUUGCGCGGCACCUGCCCUCGGCAUCGCUCGCCGAGACGCUAUGCGGCUCGCCGCUGUACAUGGCGCCCGAGAUCCUGCGCUACGAGCGCUACGAUGCCAAGGCGGAUCUGUGGAGCGUCGGUGCCGUCGUGUACGAGAUGUGCGUUGGCAAGCCGCCGUUCCGCGCGGCAAACCACGUCGAGCUGCUCGCGCGCAUCGACAAGGGCGAAGACCGCAUCCGCUUCCCUGACGAGCGCUCUGAGGGCAGCCUUGCGCGCGAGGAUACCCGCCGUCGCCAAGAGGGCCUCGCGUCCUUGCUCAGGCCGCACCGCGUCCCGGAAGACGUCAAGGCGCUCAUUCGCUCCCUCCUCCGCCGCAAGGCCGUCGAGCGCGCAAGCUUCGACGACCUUUUUUGCUCCGAUGUCGUUGCGAGCGGCAGUGGGCCUGCGCUCGCGCGCGCCAUCAGGGCCCAGCAGCAGCAGCAACGCGAUGUCAAGAGUGAUGACGCCGGCAAGAACCUUAGCGGUGCUGUGAAAUCGGAGACGGACAUGUACACGAACACGCACACCGACAAGGCGACCGCUGCGCAGGCUGCUGGGCCUCCCACUCCCGCCGCGGCAACUGCCACGCAACAGACGGCCGUAACAGCAGCGCCCACGCACCCGCGCUACAUGAAAGACCAGGUCCGCACACCGCAGCUAAUAGCCGGCGGCGACACCGUUACCGCUGCCGGCGCCUCUUCCUACUCGCACUCUCAACAGCAGCAGCAGCAGGAUCGACAAUCUGAAGCCACCACAAGCGCACGAGCCGCCGGCUCUCCUCUUGCUGUUGGCGCGUCCGCUCCGCCGCCGCCACCAGUCUUUACGCCUGCACCACCGGGCGGGUUCGACCUAACGCAGACACAGACGCCAACAACACCGCGACCAGCUGCAGCAGCACAAACCCACAUGCCGCUGCCGCUACCACAUACGCCCGCAGCCGGAACUACAGGAGCCGAAACUGCUGCCGCACCUGCGCGGCCGACGUGGGGCUUUGCUCCCAAGUACAUCGUCGCUGCUCCGCUCGUUGCGACUGCUGCACAAGCUCCUGCCCCUCCGCGCAGUGGCAGUGCCGCACCAGCACCAGCGCUAACUGCAUCUGCAGCACUACAGCAGGAACGAAUGCACAAUCCGCGCUCUGCACCCGCAAACGUCACGUUGCCCGCUGUGUCACCGUCUCGUCGGUCCACUUCCGCGUCCACGUCCACAUCCAUUUCACUGCCACCAGCGCCAGCAUCAGCGCCAGUGCCAGUAGCGGUUGCGAUAAACGUGCCGCGUGGCGCCUUCGAUCGCCGCACGCCCUCGUCCUCAUCUGCGGCGCCUGCUGGUGCCGCUGCUGGGGGGUCGUCUUUUCAUGCCCAACAGCAUCAGCAGCAACGUUCACCGCACCCUCGCCAGACUGCACUACCGACGGGCGAGAGCCCGAGCCCAAGCGCUGGUCCCGGUCCUACUUCCAGUCCAGUUGCAAUGAACUACAGCCCCAGCUCUGCAAUGAAUACACCGCGCAUACGCAGCACGCGACAAGCGCCGUCACUGGAAGGUGGCAUUAGUGUGCGAGGUGGCGGUGCGGGAGAGGAAGAGCCUUCCAGCUUGGAGGACAACACCGUCGCAACGCCUGGCUCGUCGAACAUACACCUGCUCGUCGGUGUUGCGGGCCUGGAUGACGGAGUGCCUUCGUCAGGCUCGCGCCGCGGCAGUGCGGCAGGCGGUGGGACAGGAGCGGCGGGAAGCGGGGGCAGCGGCAGUGGCAGUGCCAGCGGCAGCUUGCUCGGCGGCGAGUACGCCAUCGUUGAGAAGCGCAACGUCGAAAUCAAUGCGCUGGCAGAUGAGCUGGGCCUCGCCACGUCGCCGCUGCAAAAGUUCACCGCACCGCUGCACCGCAGACCAUCGCGCCUGUCCAAGUUAAGCGGCGCAACUGUAUCGGCAGCUGCGGCUGGCCUCACCGCCGCAGGCGGUAGCCUGGGCCGAUCAAGCGCGCUUGCGCUCGGCCUCGCGCCUAUUACGGCCCGGGAGCCUACAGACUUCUCCUCUACUUCACGCGAGGAGCCACCCCAACAACAGCACAAUUGUGGCAGUGGCGGCGGCACCUCGACACCAGGGUCCGACUCAUCACCCAGCCCCUAUUCCCACCCAUGGCCGAUUCCUUCUGCGCCCUUCGCCAUCCCGCCCGGCCAGCGUCCCGCCUCUUUCAAUCGCCGCGCCUCCCUGUCAAGCUCCGGCUCGCCCUCGCCGCGCCUGCGUAAUCAAAGCUUGCCGCAGUCCAGUGCUCCAUCGCCAGGUUCGCUGGCGUUGCGUGCGCCCAUCGGGAUGCCUUCCGGUCAGGAAGACAGCAAUGCUGCUGGCGUCGUCGGCGGCGGUUCUGCAUCCGGGUCCGGGUCACCAGGCAACGACGCUGCGCUCGCAGGACCCUCGUCCCUUUCUGCUUCUCCCACGCCCUCGCCGUAUCGCGCGCCGCCCGGUACAUGGACGGGAUAUAUAGGGCCAACAGUCGGCUCAGCAACCAGCAGCGCACUGUCGCGCGCCAUCAGCAUGGCCAGUGUCAGACUGUUCGGUGUGCCGUCUGGCAUGACCCUGCGCAACGCCGCGUCGCUCGUGCGCUCGCGCAGUUUCCGGCGCCUCGCCACAGGCUCACCGCGCAUCGGCAGCGAUCACGGCAGCGGCAGCGUGCCGGAUGCCGCUGAGAUGCGCCUGCUGAACCAGCUCGAGGAUCUGGGUCAAAAGUCAUUUGUGCUCGCCGAGUUUGCGGACUCAAAGCUCGCGCAACACUUCCCAACUGGUCCACAUCAACUCAACGCUCCCACCGAGCACGAUCCUGCUGCGGCGUUCGUCGGCUCACUCGGCCGCGCAGAUGGCAUUCGUUCAGCACGGUCCUCGCUGCGUAUGAAUCGACGCACAUCUUCGUCCUCCGUGCAUUCAGGCUCAAGUCCUGGCGCAGAAUCGCCGUCUCCAACUUCGGUGGCAGAAACGGCUGCUGCUGAAGCGCUCGUGCUGUACGCAAAGAGUUUGACGUACCUUCAGCGUGGCAUCGACAUGACGCGGGAAUUCUUGGACGCCCGCACCCAGAAUGGCUGGCGCAAUAGUCCCAGCCUCGAAAUCAAUGAGACCGUCCAAUGGCUACGUGCACGCUUCAAUGAGACCUACGAAAAGGCUGAUUUCGCACGCGCCCGCUGUGGCGAGAUGCCUCCCUCAGCGCAAUUCAUUGACAAGCUCAUCUUUGACAAGGCUCUAGAGAUUGCACGCGCAGCUGCUGUCGAUGAGCUGGAAAACAACCGCGAAGGCGUAGCGUGGGAUUCCGCGCGCUGCCUUCUUGCGUAUGAGACCGCGUCGUCGAUGCUUCUAGCCCUUCUAGAUCCGGGCGAAGAAGGCAUGUCUCUCUCUCAGAAUUCGAUCGCCACUAUCGAGAAAUUCUCACGCUCAAUCUCUAAGCGACUGAAAGCACUUCAGGAUCGCAUCGACCCUUCUUCUUCAGUCUGAGCCACUCCAUUCACCGCUCAUCCCUCUUGGGCCUCCUUUUCCGUCACGUCCCAUAACGUCUCCGGUUGUAAUUCACGAACGUCCAGGCACAUUAUUCUACAGAUCCUCGCAAU